CAAUUAUUUUGAGAAUUCGAAAUAGUACCUCAUGGUAUAGUAAAGACAAUAUGGAGGCUUCAGCUACCUUGGUGUAUAAAAAUAUCAAUUUGUGUCGCCGAUGACCUCUAGUUAUUUGACUUGAGAUAACAUAAUUGAUAAUCGUUUUUGAGAAAAUAUGUUUAUAAAGAGAUCAUAAUAAUAUAGAUCCACAUUUUUUGUUCAACCUGCCUCAAUAAGUGUUUGAUAACUUUAAUGUUUCAGUUGAAGUGAGAUUGGUCUAUCGUCUAUAGUUGAAAGAUGUUGAUCACCUCAUCAUGGAAAAUCGAUCUUCUACUCCUUCUAGUGGUUUCAAUAUAUAUGCUCUACAAAUACUCGACCAGAAAAUUCGACUACUGGAAAAAACGAGGAGUAUACUACCCGAAACCAGUACCUUUCUUUGGUAACAUUGCUGAUGUCGCUUUCUUCCGAAUCAACAUAGGAGACUGGCUGAAAAAUUUCUACGAUUCAACAGACGAGCCCUUUUUCGGUAUCUUCGUUUUUGAUGAGCCGCACCUCAUCAUUAAAUCUCCAGAGCUGAUAAAGCAAAUUAUGGUCAAAGAUUUCCAUAAUUUCGAUGAUAGAACAGUGGCAGCGCCCAAGCAUAACAAGAUGAUGCAGAACCUAAUGUUCUUUCAAAAAAACCCACAGUGGAAGGAAAGCAGAUCCAAAAUUACUCCUGUCUUCACUUCCGGAAAACUCAAGAGCAUGUUUACGUUGAUUGAGCCAAUCGGGAAGGAUCUCCUAUCCUACUUGGAGAAGAACGGAGACGUGUUGGAAUCGAAAGAGGUAUGCUCUAAAUUCACCACCGACGUCAUAGCCACCUGUUUUUUCGGCAUCAAUGCGCACUGCUUCGAUGAUGAUGAUGCGAUGUUCCGGAAGCUCGGCAGAAACGUUUUCGAUUUCUCCUGGAGGAACGGGAUAUUGCAAACGGCAUACUUUUUCCGGCAAAAAUGGGUCGAAACUUUCAAGUUGGAUUUCGUGGAGAAGUGGGUGUUUGAUUACCUCCAUGAGGCGUUCUCGAAAACCAUGAAAGCUAGACAGGAGAGUGGCGCUAAAAAUAAUGAUUUGGUGGAUAUUUUGAAUACCAUGAAGAAAAAUUCUGAAUUUUCCUCGGAUAUGGCGGACCUGGAGGCAGAAAAACUGGUUGGUCCAGCUGUCCAGUUCUUUAUGGCUGGAUUCGAAACCACGAGUGCUACUAUAGCAUUCACUCUGUAUGAACUGUGCCUCAACAAGAAUAUUCAGGAUAAACUACGGACUGAGGUACUUUCGAGUAUCAAGAAACAUGGUGGCGUCACAUAUGAAGGAUUAUUGGAAAUGAAGUACAUGGAUCUUUGUGUCAAAGAAAUACUCCGUAAGUAUCCGGUACUGCCGUUCUUGGAUAGAACCUGCAAGGAAGAUUACCAAUUGCCUGGCACCAAUCUAGUCAUUGAGAAAGGAAUGCCCGUUUUCAUUUCCAUGUUUGGCAUGCACCAGGACGAAAAGUACUUCCCGGAUCCUAAGAAAUUCGACCCUGAGAGAUUCGAAAACACGAAUUAUAACAGCGAAGGCUUCGUUUACUUACCUUUUGGGGAAGGGCCGCGAGGUUGUGUUGGUGAAAGAUUUGGAUUGAUGAGCACGAAAGCGGCUCUCGCAUAUAUCAUAGAAAAAUACGAAGUGGAAAAAUGUGCGACAACCCCAACUCCACUGGUAUUCGCACCCAAAAGUGUGGUUCUUCAAUCCACUGUAGGACUGCCAAUGAGAUUCAAGAGGAUUAUCUAAACUAAACCCUAGAUCCCGGCCUGAAUUAUAUCUUCUCAAAUCAUAAUCAUAUAUCAUAUGUACAGGGUCAUUCCGUAUAUCAUCGGUUCAUCAUUGAAGAUAUAGAGAAAAAAUUCAAAUACAAAAGUUGUAGGGUUUGUUAUGAACCUCCAGAAAAUUGUACGAGGUGAAACAAAUGAAUAUCGCUGAUAUGGGAAAUGGGUGCCAACUUCGUUAUUUUCAAAAUUAAAGAUCAUUAUUUUCAAUGAUAGUUGCGUUUAACAACCCACAUUAUAUUAUGCCUUUUUUU